CGGUCCCCCUAAACCCGCUCGAGUCGCAGGUGCGCGUGAUCGAAUCCCUUCCCCCACCCCCUCUUCUCUCUCGCUUCUCUAGCGAUCGGAUUCAUUCGAGUUUCGAACCCUCGCGACUCGCCCUCGUGUCGCUCCGCUUCGCUUCUCGUUUUUGCUUCGCUCCCUUAGGUGUAUGUGAGAGCGAGAGAGCGAGAGGGAGGGAAGGGGAGAGGAGGAGGAGGAGGAGGAGGAGGAGAAAAGGGCGUCGGAUCGGUGGAUCCGAGGGUCGGGAAUGGCGCAGAAGCCUCAGCAGCAGCUGAGGGAGCUCGGGUCGAAGCUCGAGACGCCCCCCGCUUCGAAAGAUGCUCUCGUUAAGCUCCUCAAGCAAGCUGCAAACUGUCUAUCUGAGAUAGAACAGUCACCGUCGGCGUCAGUUUUAGACUCUAUGAAACCCUGCCUCAAUGCAAUAGCCAAACAAGAAUUAUUGAAGCAUCAAGAUAGGGAUGUCAAAGUUCUGGUUGCCACAUGUAUAUGUGAGAUUACCAGAAUAACUGCUCCAGAAGCUCCCUAUAAUGAUGAUGUUUUGAAGGACAUUUUUCAAUUGAUUGUCGGCACAUUUAGUGGAUUGAGAGAUGUUAACAGCCCAUCAUUCGGGAGGAGGGUUGUUAUUCUGGAGACUCUUGCAAGAUACAGAUCAUGUGUUGUGAUGUUGGACCUCGAGUGUAAUGAUCUCAUCAAUGAAAUGUUUCAUACAUUCUUUACUGUUGUCAGUGACGAUCAUCCACAAAAUGUUCUCAACUCAAUGCAAACAAUUAUGGUACUCAUUGUUGAUGAGAGUGAAGAUAUACAAGAAAGUCUCUUGAGUAUCAUUCUAUCAGCUUUGGGAAGGAAAAGAACUGACUAUUCUAUGGCUGCCCGAAAGCUGGCUAUGAAUGUAAUAGAGCGUUGUGCAGGAAAACUCGAACCAUUUAUAAAGCAGUUUCUCAUAUCAUCCUUGUCGGGAGAUAGCGGUUAUUUGAGUGAUUCAGUUGACCAUCAUGAAGUCAUUUUUGAUGUUUACCAGUGUGCACCCCAGAUGCUUACAAAAAUAGUUCCUUAUAUAACUGGAGAGUUACUGACAGAUAAGCCAGAUAUUCGGUCUAAAGCUGUUGAGUUACUUGGGGAGCUUUUUUCAUUACCUGGAGUACCCGUCUUGGAAUCUUUUCAGCCACUUUUUUCAGAGUACUUGAAGAGAUUGGCAGAUAGAGUGGUGGAAGUCCGUGUUUCUGUAAUCGGGCACUUGAAAACUUGCCUAAUGUCAAAUCCUUCCAGGCCCGAAGCUCCUCGGAUUAUUAAGGCACUUUGUGAAAGAUUGUUGGAUUAUGAUGAAAAUGUUCGAAAGCAAGUAGUUGCUGCAGUUUAUGAUGUAGCAUGCCAUUCAUUAGAUGCCAUUCCAAUUGAGACUGUGAGGCUAGUUGCAGAGCGUCUUCGAGAUAAAUCUUUAUCCGUCAAGAAAUACACUAUGGAGAGGCUGGCUGAUCUUUACAGGCUUUAUUGCCAAAAGAGCUCUGAUGGUACGAUAAGUUCUGAUAAUUUCGAGUGGAUACCGGGGAAGAUAUUGAAAUGUCUUUAUGACAAAGACUUCAGACCAGAGACAAUAGAACAUUUGUUAUGUGGUUCUCUCUUCCCGCCUGAGUUCUCAAUUAAAGAUAGAGUGAAGCAUUGGAUAACAGCUUUCUCGGGAUUUGAUAAAGUUGAGGUGAAGGCUCUUGAACAAAUUCUUCUGCAAAAGCAAAGGUUACAGCAGGAAAUGCAAAAGUAUCUUUCCCUUAGACAAACAUAUCAGCAGGAAGAUGCUCCUGAUCUCCAGAAAAGAAUUUCUGGCUGCUUUCGGAACAUGUCUCGCUUGUUCAAUGAUCCUGCAAAGGCUGAGGAGAGUUUAAACAUGCUUAACCAGUUAAAAGAUGCAAAUAUAUGGAAGAUAUUGACAAGCUUACUCGAUUUUUCUACUAUGUUCAGUCAAGCAUGGUCUUCUCGGGAGGAAUUACUUAAAAUCCUGGGAGAAAAACAUCCACUCUAUGAUUUCAUGAGCACGCUCUCAAUAAGAUGUUCAUAUUUGCUAAUCAACAAGGAGUUUGUUAAGGAGAUUCUUUCACAAGCUGCUGAACUAAAAUCUGCCGGAAAUACGAGACUUAUUUCAUCAUGCAUGGAUCUUCUUACGGUAAUUGCUGGUUUCUUUCCUUUGUUAUUGGUUGGUUUAGAGGAAGAUCUCGUCCAUCUUCUGAAGGAAGACAAUGAAGCACUUAAAGAGGGCAUUGCACAUGUGUUGGCCAAGGCUGGUGGGACAAUUCGUGAACAAUUGGCCAUGACUAAAAGUUCUAUUGACCUACUGUUAGAGAGGCUUUGUUUAGAGGGCACCAGGAAGCAGGCCAAAUAUUCUGUUCAUGCCCUAGCCGCAAUAACAAAGGAUGAUGGUCUCAAGUCACUUUCUGUACUAUACAAGCGGCUUGUGGAUAUGUUGGAGGAGAAAACACACCUGCCGGCCAUGUUGCAAUCUUUGGGUUGUAUUGCUCAGACAGCAAUGCCAAUUUUUGAAACCAGGGAGGAUGAAAUAGUAGGGUUUAUCAUUAACAAAAUUCUUCAGUGCAGUAAUAAGGCUGAUGAAGUGUCAAUACCUAAAACUGAGUGGAAUGAAAGGACGGAAUUUUGUUCUUUAAAGAUAUAUGGUAUUAAAACUCUGGUAAAGAGCUACCUACUUUCCAAAGAUGCUCAUUUAAGACCAGGAAUUGAGAAACUUAUGGGGAUCCUAAAGAACAUUCUCUCUUUUGGUGAUAUUUCACGAGAGACAGGUUUAAGUGCUGUUGAUAAGGCACACUUAAGGCUUGCUGCAGCAAAAGCUGUUCUUCGCUUGUCAAAGCAAUGGGACCAGAAAAUACCUGUUGAUGUUUUCUAUAUGACCUUGCGAGUUUCGCAGGAUGACUGUCCUGAAUCAAGGAAAUUGUACCUUAACAAAGUCCAUCAGUAUAUAAAGGAAAGACUACUGGAUCCAAAGUAUGCUUGUGCCUUCAUGUUGAGCAUAAAAGACUGUCAAUCUCCGGAGUAUGAAGAGUGCAAACACAACCUACUUGAAGUGGUACAAAUAUGUCAGCAAGUAAAGGUGCGGCAACUCUCUGUACAAGCCGACAUGAACUUGCUGGUGGCUUAUCCAGAGUAUAUUCUUGCUUAUUUGGUCCAUGCCCUUGCUCAUGAUCCUUCUUGCCCCAAUGUCGAAGACUGCCAGGAUCUUCAAGCAUUCGAACCUACUUACUGGCGAUUGCAUCUAUUUCUUUCAGCGGUUUUGCUUGGAGACGAAGGUUUGCAACCUGGUGGUGUUUCCAACAGCAAGCAGGAGAGUUUUAUAACGAUAGCUUCUAUAUUUCACAGUAUAAAGUGCUCUGAAGAUCUUGUAGAUGGGAAAAAGUCAAAAACUCUACAUGCUAUAAGUGAUCUCGGCCUUUCAAUUGCAAAAAAAUUAGUACCCGACCAGACGGAUGUCCCAGGAAGUGAUAUGGUUCCAUUGCCAGCUCCAUUGUACAUGAAUGUUGAGAAAAACCAAGAUGAAAAUACUGUGGAUAAAAGUGAGGAAACAUUGUUGGACUUGGGUGGAGAGAGUGCUCUGGCCCACUUUGAAUCACUUCAUGUUGAAAGUAAAGAAACGGUCGAUUCAGGUGAUGUCAAAGAUGAAAUGGUCGUACAAGAGAGUGAUGAGAAUGGCAAUGAAGUUCCUCUCGGGAAGAUGAUGAAACUUCUUCGAUCCCAAGGAGCCAAGAAGAAGAAAAAAGCAACAAAGAAACAAAAUUUAUCUUCUGAUGUUUUUGAUUUUGAAAAUGAAGUUGAUGUUUUAGGAGUUAUCAGAGAAAUAAAUAUGGACAACUUAGAAAAUUCAGAAACGAUGAAGGUAAGUAGAGACAAUAAAGGUGGAAAGGCAUUAGAUUCGCGUAAAAGAAAAAUAGAGAAAGCUAGCAUUGCAGCAGCCACGCCAACUCCAAAACGCAAAAGGUCAGCCUCUAGCCAAAAGGUAAUGAAGGGGAAAGACAUGGUUCAGUCUACUGAUUCAGACUUGUUAAUCUCUUGCCUGCCAACAAAUACGAAAAAUGGAAAGAAACAUGCUGAUGAAUUACAUACUGAAGGAGCCAUCAGCAGUGAUUCAAAGAAAAGCACGACUCCAGAAGAUGCUAAAAAGUUAGCUGGUCAAUCUGGAAAUUCAACUGGUUCAGUCAAGAAGCGUAAAAUAAGAAGCAUUUCUGGGUUAGCAAAGUGUUCACAUAGCAAUGAAUUAGAUGAUGAAGAAAUAGUUGGAUCAAGAAUAAAAGUCUGGUGGCCGCUGGAUAAGCAGUUUUAUGAAGGCAUUGUACAGUCUUAUGAUGCAAAAAAGGAAAAACAUGUGAUCCUGUAUGAUGAUGGUGAUAUAGAAGUUCUUAACUUAGCAAAGGAGAAGUGGGAGGUCAUCAGUAAUAAUGGUCAUCUGCCGAAAAAGAUGAAAAAAUCCAAUCAUCUAUCUACAAAUAAGAAAUCAUCGGAUGAGAAAAGAGAGGAUGACAGCAAGCAUGGUGACCUCAGACAAUCUAAAAAGUCCACAAAGAAGUCUGCAUCUUCUAAAAGUAAAGAUACUGUGGGAAAACACAAAGAUCAUGACAGGAAAAGAACAUCAAAAGGUAGCAAAAAAUCAGAACACCUUGAUGCGGAUAACAGGGCUGAUUCUAACUUACCAAAUGCCCAUUCUCACUCCGGUUCUGAAGUUGAAGAUGCCAAUUCUGAUGGUCAUGAAGAGGAUGAAGCUCCAACUUCUCCUCUAAUGGAAGAACCUGAGGCAGGGCUGGAAGAGGGAAAAGAGGAACUUGGAAAGGAGCAGAAACCUGAUUCCUUGAAUGGAGAAGACAAUGAAGAAUCUGAUGAUGAGCCAAUUAGCGCGUGGAGAUCACGUGUAGCAAAAGUCACAUAAACUUGCUCCAAUCUACUAUAUCUCAGAGCGCACAAACUCGAACAUGGGGAUUUUUUUUUUUUUUCUUUCGAAUGUUCAUAUAUUCUUGUUUGUUCCUCCCUUACUCAAGCUUCAUGUAAGAAAAACACCACAGGUUAGUAUGAAAGAGCCUUGCAAAAUGAAUGGUGCUUAUAUCAUCUGUUACAUUGCCAAGGCAUUCUCGCAGACGACUUUUGCGGAUCGAAUUCACUGAUCUUGCCUUGGUUGAUCUUCUAGAAUCGCUCGUCCUGUGCUUAACGAAUGAAAUUCUGGCACUGGCUGGUGGUACUUUCUGACAUACACUAGGCAUAGCUAAAUUAUUGUAGGAAGUAGUCAGGUGGAGUUUUAGUGCAAAAUCGUGUCAUCGUUCUAAUUAGUUCGGUUGCGGGCAGUGUACACUAAUUUAAUUCGGUUGAAGGUGCUUGUGGAUCUUGAUCAAUAUUGUUGACAUGACUAGCUAAAUACUAGAUUGCUGAUUUAGUGUACAGCAGUAUUGUUAUCUCGUUGUCAGUUUACUUGUCUAUCUAGUCGACUCCUAUUAAUCUAAACAUGGUAAUUUUAUGAAUAAAGGACUGACUUGCUUCACCAUUGUAA